GAGACCAUGCCACUGUGGACUAAUAGAGUACCUAGUGAACUGCAUCAAAUUACUUGGAAGGACCAAGUAGCCAAAUCCUAAGCCCCGGGGAGCUUUAGAAGAUGAAGAAUAAAAAAAAGUACGUACUUGCUAGAAAUGCCAGCUCUUUCAAAGAUAAAGUCCACGUUAGAUGUAACCUUGGUAUCGCAGAACCUCCAGCAAAGUCUAAAGAAGGAGAAGCUGUGGUGAUUCUGGUGAAGGAGGUGCUGAAGAGUUAGAGAGGCAUGUUACUAUAUGUUGCAAAGAAAAUGACAACCAAAGCACAAAUGCUGUAAAGAAUAGGUCCAAAGUGCGAAGUAUGUAUUAAGAUAUCUGUUUUGUUUAGAUUUGAUUUUGAAGCUUUGAGUGUUACCGCUGAAGUUGUUGCAUUCAAACUUGCAAAAAUGAUGAAAAUGAGUCUGCAAUGAAAAUGUCAGCAAGAAGGAAGCCAGUUAGCUGCAUUGUUUUGCUCUUUUGAUGACAGAAAACAGAGAAACCAUUAAACAUGGUAGAGGAGACUGUGAAGAACGCAAUAAAACAGCAAUCCAUGAAAAUGGUAAAGCAAGAGAUGUGAUGCAAUAGAAUUUUUGAAAGCAG